AACAAAUAGCGAAGCUUGAGCUCUCGAACAAUGGUUGUUGUGGUUGCCGCUGCCGACGUCGUUGAAAACAGCAGCACCAGCGGGAGCGACGCCAGCAGUAUUAUCGUAAGCGGUACCGCUGAAUCUCAACCAUUUGUCGGCUGUACACAAGCAACAGCGGUCAAUAACAAUCAUACUGAUAAGGACACCACUACAAAAACGGAUGCAAUAGAAGCGCAGCAGGAAGCGGAGAAUUGGCAUCAACCAAAGGAUAUUCAGAAGAAUUAUCUUCGACAGGAAAAAGAGGACAAAAAUUGUGACAACGAUAUCAGCAACAUCACCAACAAUAAUAUGACGGAUGCGGCCAAAGGAACUGCAGCGACAAACACAAGCACGACUGGGUCGGAGGCGGUUAUGUCCACUAAGAGCGCAGUCAGCCAACGAAACGUAGAUAUCAAGAUAGAGAAGACCAGCAACAUGGAAGCAGCCACACAGCAGCUCACCAAGAAGGUCCUCAAACUAGAUCUUGCUGGCAAGAACCUCGACGAAUACUCACUUAAGUCGCCUAAGUCACCUAUAGCUGCACGUUUGCCGCAUCAGACAUCGCUGACGUCAUCGGUAGACGUAGAGGACCGAAAGACAUUACGAGAGGCCUUAUACCAGGGUAUAUUCCAUCGACAUCGCCGGACUAUCUUUGCCGUGGGAAGCUUUCUGAGGAUGUUGCGCAGCCGCAACUCGCAAUACAACACGAUACGGAGCUCGUCGGAGGGCGAGGAUGUCGAUGAGCAGCAGCCGAAGCAUAAUCAGCAGGAGCUGAAGCAAUCGCAAGAAUAUCUCCAACCGUGUGACCAAGAAGUAUCGACCGCAUCCAUAGAAUCACCAUCUAGACAGCAGCAACAAUCGGAUUCGCAUUAGAUGUCCUUGCUGCUUAAGUUUAAUUUUUGAUUUAUUUAUAAGCCCAUACGACAUUCACGUAUUAUUAACUGCUAUUUUACGAUUUACGAUCGUGCAACCAUGAAACUAGCCACCCGUUGUGUUAGCAUGUAGUGAGCCAUAUGAAUUCUGUAACUAAUAAUAUUGAUGCCGGACUGUGACCUGAUUUUAUACCAAAACUAACAUCUGCAGAACACCGAAAAUACAAAUGACAUUCCCGAGGAACUGCUGCUUCAUCUCGUUCUUUACUUGAGCAGAUCGCCUUAUCUUAACUGCGACACAUUUAAGCUAAACUAAACUAAUACUUAGUUAAACUGAACCUAAGCUGAACUAGAAACUACUACUGAUAUACAAGCUAUAUGGGACGUUCUUUUACAAACCGAACACCUUUUUUGGGUCACAUUUUUGAUUUGACUGAAACUUUUUUUACGUGUUCUAUUCGGUAAAUAACGAGUAAAUCAGGAUUUAAACGAAAAUUUUUUUUGAUUUCAAAUUUUCGAAAGCUUUGUAAGUUUUUUAAAAUUUGUAAAAAAAACCAACAAAUUUAAAAACGUUGCUCGUUUCAAAAUCUAUUUUACCAACUGUAGUAAUCCGAAUGACUUCAAUUUUGUUGUAUCUAACCCUCUAAGAUCUGUACUUUUAGAUAAUUAUUUUCUUAAUUUCUUAAAAAUAAAAACAUAUUAAAUUAAGAAAAAACAA